ACACACGAGAACGUUUCCAAUUCGGUCCGAACAUUCUGGAUUUUCCUGGAGAAAUCGGAUAAACAUAUAUAAAUGUUAGCUAUAGCCGAUAAAAAACAGAUGAAAAUUAAAAGAACAAAACGAAAAGAGAUUUAAUUUAAAAUGGAUUCAUUAUUUCGGAAUUCUGAUAUGUUUAAGUAUCGUAGUGGAUUUGACAACUUUUUCCAAGGAAAUGUUUUUCCUUCCACUAGGAGGAGACGAUAUCAACCUAAUAGAAGAACUUUUAGUGCUAAAGAUUUACCAAUUAAUGGUUUUUUUGACAUGGAUGAGGAGUUUCGUCAGCCUCAACAAAGAUGUCAUUGUGGUAACUGUAAUGGCAUGAAAGAAUAUAAAAACAAUUUAAUAAAUCAACCUAGAGAUUUUCUUGUAACAGAUCAAGAGUUUAUAAGUGGCGAUGAUGUAUCAAAUAACAAGGACUUCAAUGAAAAUGAAAACACAAAGAUUUUAAAUAAAAGUGAUGAUUAUAACAGGGACAAUAGUGAUGCAAAUGAAACAAAUGAAAUCACCCUAGAAGGUAAAACAAACGAAGAAGAAGAAGAAAAUAAAGAUUUGGAAAUAAAGAAAACUGAAGACUUAAGUGCUGAUAGUGAUAAAGAAAAUAAUAACAAUAUUGACAGUAAUAUUCAUUAUAAUGAACAAAGAACUGAUGUAAAUGAGGUUAAUGCCCAUGAAAAAGUGUUGAAAAAUACAGAGAUUGAAGACAUAAAUAAAAAGCUACACCAUAUUGAAGAAAUCAAAACAAAAGUAAAAGAGCUGGAGGCAAAAGUUGAUGAUUUUGUUGAUAAUGUUCGAAAUAAAAAUUACUUAUUCUGUGAGGAGAUGUUAAUGAAAUGUCUCCUAGAAUUGGAUAAUAUUUUGGCGAACGGAGAAGAAAAAAUAAGGAGUGCCAGAAAAGCUGUUGUGAUGAAGAUAAAUGAGAACAUUAAAAAAUUAGAAGGAAAAUUGAGCCAAAAUACAAUCACUUAAACCUUUCUGAUGUAUGUAUAUUUAAUGUAUAUGAAUAUUUAUAUAAAUAAAUCUAAUUAUUUUAUAUGUUAACCCGUAAUUAAUAUGUAAGAAGAAAUUAGUUAAUAAUAUAUAUAUAUAUAAACAAAAA